GUAGCAUUUAAGUUAAACUGAUCGAUGGUUUAUUACCAGUCAUAUCUACAUGUAAAUCAUGCAUAGUAAAGCAUUGAUUACAAUACAUAAAGGAGACACAGUCACUACCUCUUUGUGGAUGAGUUAUUUUGGUGAAAAACAAAUUGAUCUUAAUGAUUUUGAACGUUUAGUUGAAACUAUUUCUGUCGCGGAUUUAACCACAUUCAAGGACGUUAUUUGUGCUUACAAUCCAUCUUUACCUUUAAAGGGUAUUUUUUUUUUAUAUUUCACCUUGGAUAUUUAUACGUUAAUAUGGAUAUUUCACCUCGGAUAUUUACACGUUAACGAAAUAUGAACAUUUUGUUAAUAUUAACAGGUGUAUUUAUGUAUUAAGACUGUCUUAAAGGAUUGAUAUUUAUGUUAUGCAAGAAUAAGGUAACGUUUUAUAAAUAGUUAAUAAUAGCAUGUUAAACUCAAUGAAUUCGGAAAUGAUGGACCCAAACGUCACGUUACGGAUGCUAUAUAUAACUGUGGUAGUGGUAGCUUUGUUUGUCACAUGUGGUCUUAUAGGGGCUCUUCAUGAGCACGGGUUUCAGGAUAUUCAAUACCCUCUCUAUGAUUGGAAUAAGAAAUUAAACGUUUAUGAAUCAAACAGACGUCGCAGAGACACAAAAGGUUCCAGUUCUAAAAAAACCAACGCCUUAGCCAAGCACUACCGCCUACCUAAGGAUUCAGUUCUAGAAACUCUGUCUAAUAUCACAUUGAGCAAAGCCUAUUGGUUCUAUAUAAAUACAGUUCAGACAGUUUGUAGCAAUGUCACAAGUAUAGCCCCAGAUGGAGAUGGAAAGAAGAUAUGUGUUGACGAAUUUGAAAAGUCAAGAAAACAUUGUUUGGUGUAUUCUAUUGGGGAUGAUUUCAACUUUGAUUUCGAACUGCAUAUAAAAAACACAUAUAAGUGUGAAAUUCAUGUUAUAUAUGGACCUGGGGCAAAUCAUAAAGCUUUCAGUAAAGGCAGACAUUCUGAUGGGAACGAUGGAAAAUUUCUGAAAGGCAUCCAUUUUCACCAUAUGCAAAUGUCGGGAAGAAACUUACACAAUGAAGAAAAAAGACAUUAUAAAAUGUUCAUACUGAUCCAAAAAGCUUUAAACCAUGCAGAUAGAAUGAUAGACAUUGUGAAGAUGGAUCUUGAUGGGGAGGAGUGGCACGUGCUUCCAAAAUUAAUUGACGCGGGACUUUUAAAACAUGUGAAACAGUUGUUAAUAGAAACCCAUUUCGGAUGGGGAGGUGUACUAAAGUCAGAAGAUCUUAAAGUAUUGAGACAGUUAUACGAAGAAGGUUUCAGAAUAUCUGCAUACAAAUAUAAAGUGACACCAGAGGCUAUAGAAAGACUACCAAACUUAACAAUGUGUAAUGUAAAUGAAAUAUCAUUCUUUAAUAACAGACUGAAGCAUAAACAUCGUAAUUUUUAACGUUAAAAGCACUUACCCUGCUAACUUUCUAUAAUGAACUUGUCCAUCUUUCAGUUUGAACAGUACCAUUAAUUGUUAAAAGGGGUGCAUACCAAAAAGAUACUAACUGAAUGGCAAAUAGUGCAGAUCAUGAUCAGACUGUACGGAUGUGCAGGCUGAUCGUGAUCUGACCAGUUGCACUUGUUGAACUUUUGUUUUAUCUAUUGUUGGAUUUUUUCGAGUCUUUCAAAAUAGUAUAAACGAAUAAGAAACUA